AUGUGGCUUUUUCAGCCGCGAGUGAACAAAACCAAAAACUCUGUCCAUAUCUCAUCCAACGGGCGCAUUGAUCACUCCCACGCACCUCCUUCGCUGCAGCGCGGCCGUUUCAAAACGGCGACUGCAUCAACAGCGAGCCUGCAGGAUCUCUCCGGGAUGGCCCUCGGCGAGAAAGAAAGAGAUUCCAUGAUAAGAACCAUACUUGCAUUGGUGAAAUCAAGGGGAAAAGGCCGCAAUCCGAAAGUCAAUUCGCUGCAACUGCAAACCCCGUUCGAGCGUGAUGAAUUCCGGACAUACACUUGGACGCCACGAGAGAAGAAUGGGAUGGAGGAUCCUGGGAGAUGGGAUGCUCUUCGGGUUGGCUUGACGAUGUUUGACUUAUUCGCGAGCAUACUGAGCUUCACUGGAAUAUGGAGUAUGGUAUACUACUCAUCAAUAGUCACAACGGCUUUCUCAGGCAGACGGUGUAAUACUGUAUCUGUCGCGCUACCUAGUGACACUGGAGCCCUAAACAGCCUCGGUUCAUGCCGUCUUUCCCACGAAGGAUUCAAACCCAAGCAUGCUUUCUUUUCGGCGAUUCCAAGUCAAAGUCAAUGGGCACGACAAACCCGAGCCAUCACCCAUUCCGACUGGCGAGAACUUGGGAAAAGACUUUUCAGCAGAGUAGUUAGCAUUGCGCUGCAUGGCAGACUGAAGCAAAAGCACGGUCUACCAUCAACGACUUGCUUGCAUCAAUGGGGUGAAACAUUUUCAUGUUCUCGGGCAGAAGGCUGCAUGCUUCCAGCGUCUCAACUCUUCAUCCCACAACUCAAUUCGCCCGGGUGCUUUGGCCAGCGAAAGCAGGGUCGAACUUUGAAGAGUCCAUCCCGUCUUUUCCCUCUGAAGCCGAGAUCCUUUGGAAUUGAGGAAACCACUCAUCUCUUCGGGACAACAUCUCUCAGCCUUCAACCAAAAACAAGAUCCAAGACCUUGAUCCGGAUGCGCCCACCCGUCCACGCCGUAGAGACGCACCCGACUUACACAAGUUCACACUCAAAGACUGAAUCAACAGCCCAGGGCUCCUCGGACCAGCUCAUGCACCCCUCUGCCCCUCCCCAGGCAUCCUCCCAUUCCUCCCGUGCCGUCCCCUCCCCCAUGCUCCAUCAAUCACAACCUGGGAAACCCCGCAGCCGUUGUCGUCGCCUCCGCACUUCCGACCUUCGGCAGAGAGGCAAUCUCAUUGACACAUGCACACAACCCUCCGCUGACGUCCGGAAAUGGAUCAUGAUCGCGGUAAACGGUAAACCCCAUUGUCGCGAGUCUACAUUACGACACUGUGGAUCGCCGGUGAGUGAGAACCUGGUGACGGCACAGCAGCGCGGCUGUGCUAUUUUCACGACUCUGCUCAAUGUUACCUUACCAAGGACACGAUUGAAGAUGCCUGCCAAAGACCCUCAACUUUGCCGGGCCCAACGGGUGAACUCCUACGCGCCUCACUAUGCGCAGAAUGCAGAAUGCAUGGCAAAACACAAGACGAAGCCCGCGUUGCAUCACGCAGCAGAGCCCCCCCGGGUUGAUGUUCACUACACAGCCACAGCCCUGCUGCACGCCAUCCGCAAUAAUCCAAUGUUCGUACGGUACUCGCCUGCCUGCGGAAAUGCAUUCAAUGACAGUCUGCAUGCCCCCCUCUACACAGCCCUCCCGCUCUUCAUGCCGCAGUCGAGACGGGACGGCUGCACGAUGCCCGCUCCGAGUGUGGCGAAUGACUUGUUCUUUGGUCAUAAGGCAAUUGAUCCCGUUUGUGAUGUCGUGCUUGUGGCGGAGUGUGGUGCCGUCCAGUCUGGGGUUAUUCUGUAG